UGGAAUCCAAAUAAGAAGACUUCAGCGUUUUUAGCUUCGGGUGGUGCAGCAGGAUUGUGUAGAAUAGAAUUCGAAGGAAGAGGGUCUAAAUGGGAAUAAAAUGGAUAAAGGUUGAGGCAGAUAUGGAUCGUCGAACUCCUCCCCCUUAAACAUCGUGGGGAAAGUUUUUUUUUUUUUUUUUUUUUUUUUUUCUGAGUUUGGGGUUUCUUAUCGACAUAUUAACCAAUCGGUCUUUCUCUUUUAUUUUAUUUUUCUGGAAAAUAAAAGGAAUCCCCCGUCUUAAUUUUCACUCCCUUUCUUUCUUCUUUAAAACACAUUGAUAAUGACUGCUAUAGAAACCUCUGUUCCUUAUGGAUCAACAUUAGACGAGCCUAGAAACCAAGAAGAUAUCUUGAUUGAACAAGAAGAAUCAAUUCAAUUAGUGACAGAACUUCGUGCUUCAAACGACUGGGAAGAAGUCAUUGCCUAUGAACAUCUUUCGCCUUCUGCCAGAGCUCAUUCAUUAACAGCUACUACCUUACGUGGUCAAGAUAUGAUUGUAAGACGUCCCGUUAAAUUCUUUAAUAAGAAUAAGACUGCUUGUGUCAUGGCAAUCUAUUUCGGUGCAAAUUUAUGCGGUCAUGAUGGUGUGAUUCAUGGUGGUUUAGCAGCUACUGUCCUUGACGAAAUGCUCGCCUAUGUGACCAUUCCUAGUCUACCAAAUAAGUCCGGCUUUACAGCCAACCUCAAUGUCAAUUACCGUCGACCCAUCUUUUCAGAACAAUGGGUGAUUGUCCAUGGUGAAUUAGAGAAAUUAGAAGGUCGUAAGGCUUGGGGUAAAGCAUGGAUUGAUACCAUUGAUAAGGAACCUGUCUUACUUACCGAAGCCACUGCUUUAUAUAUCAGUCCUCGUACACAAGGUCCUAUCACGGAUUUCUAGAUCUUUUUUUUUUUUUUUUUGUUAUUCCCUUUCUAUAUACAUAUAUAUAUAUAUAAACUUUUUUUUUUUUUGGUGCACAGCUU